UCUGGAUCCCUACCUCGGAAAGUUCAAAGUCGAUAUGGUGAAUGCCGCCAAUUCCCUUAUUCAUAAACAGAGAGAAGAUAAGAGUUUUGGUAAUCUUUACAGCACAGCUCUGAUUGUUCAAGCCCUCAUUGCUUCUAACUUUACCUACAACUGGGAUUUGGACGGAGCUUUAGAAUACAUAUACAGUCGUUCUCUUUCGGAGCAAAGUGUUAUGGGUGUUUACUACUGUGAGCUAGCACUUGAAGCUUUUAAAUACCCAUUUGUGAAAGAUAUUUAUCCAGGAAGAUCUAAAGAAUAUACAGCUCAACCUAAAUUUGAAUAUGGAUCUCGACUGCAUUACACAGUUCGAAACAACCUACAUCCACACGUGCAUUUUACAAUUGCCAUCCAUGUACCAAAAGAUUCUGACUUUUUCAACGUGAUGAAGCUCAGUGCGAUCGAAGAUUCCAAUUUUAUGUUUUCUCACUACUUGGAUUCAAACGGUCAUCCAGUCAUCUAUGCAGUAAAUGGAGUUCCUAACAAUGCCGAAGAGAAUUAUUAUUGGCGGUUGUGUCUUCAGCAAAGAGUGCAUGAAGAACCUGGUGGAUACAUUAUGCACACCGUUCACCAUUCUCCUAUUCUUGAGAGUGCUAACGAAUCUCAUCAUUUCAUCAUGUGGUAUAGAGACACUAUUUGCGAGAAGGAUCGUUGAAGUGCAACAUUUGAGAACAAAUUUCAUGGCCAGUCUUUCUCAUUUUCAUUUGUUAAACUAACUCUCGAGUUUCACCUAGUGUAAACUUUUAUCCAACAAUAUCAGUUGUUUGUUUUCGUUGUUGCGUAUUCUAUUCGUUAUAAACAGUGUCUUUCUUGUAGAAGAAAGAUACAUGUUGAACAUAAUUGUUAAACUUUGAAGCGAGUUAAGAGAUUUCCUGGAAAAGGGAAUUGUAAACAGUUUCUUCUGCUGAAUGUUAAUUUUAACCAAUCUGAGGUUGUAGAAAUGUACUCUUUUUGUGUGUUACCAUAUAAGCAUUGGCUCUAUGUAUCAUUUCAUGCUUUAUCCGUAACCCUUUUAGAGAAUGAAUUUUUAAACGCAUAAAUGAGUGGAAUUUAGUUUGAAGAUGGCAAAUUUUCCAAUAAAAAAGAAAGAAAAAGAUUAAAAAUUCAAUUUUUUUUAAUGGAAAACAAUAAUUCUAAGAGUAAGAGUUAUUUAGUAUCAAAUAUCGGUAUGAAAUAUUAGUAUUUCUAUUGUGGAUUGUUAGAUUAUUUUACUGUAAAACUUCUAUGAAUUAGCAAUGCUCAGUUUUAAAUGUGUUGUUU